AUGGGAAGAGAUGUGAGUCUAGCUUUUAGUGUAUUUGGCUAUUGCAGACAUGUCAAAUUUCCUGUUGGUUGUGCAACUGAAGAUCUUGAUGACUGUGUAUCUAAACAUCCUGAAGGUUGGGCAACUGAACGUCUUGGUAACUGGGCAACUGAAGGUUUUGAUAAUGGAAUCAAAGAUACUGAUCUUUGUGGAUAUGAAGAUACUGAUGAUAGUGGAAUUGAACUGUGUAGUGUUUGUGGAGUUGAAGAUCUUGGUAAUGGUGCAAUUGAAGAUCUUGAUGCUGGUGAAACCAUAUAUCUUGGUGGUGGUGGAAGUGAAGAUAUUAAUCUUGAUGGAACUGAAGAUCUUGGUGAUUGCACAUCUGAUGCAGAGUCAUUUAGAUCUGUAACUGCAGCCCUCGAUUUAAUUCUACGUGAAGUUACUGGAGGAGAUAAAGUCAAAUUUCCUGUUGGUUGUGCAACUGAAGAUCUUGAUGACUGUGUAUCUAAACAUCCUGAAGGUUGGGCAACUGAACGUCUUGGUAACUGGGCAACUGAAGGUUUUGAUAAUGGAAUCAAAGAUACUGAUCUUUGUGGAUAUGAAGAUACUGAUGAUAGUGGAAUUGAACUGUGUAGUGUUUGUGGAGUUGAAGAUCUUGGUAAUGGUGCAAUUGAAGAUCUUGAUGCUGGUGAAACCAUAUAUCUUGGUGGUGGUGGAAGUGAAGAUAUUAAUCUUGAUGGAACUGAAGAUCUUGGUGAUUGCACAUCUGAUGCAGAGUCAUUUAGAUCUGUAACUGCAGCCCUCGAUUUAAUUCUACGUGAAGUUACUGGAGGAGAUAAAGGUGGAGGCAUUUCCUGA